AUGGCUAGCAUCGAUGAUGUGAACUUUGAGCUCCCCAAACUGCGUACUUCCUUCUCCCUAGAGAAUGACACCAGGUUCCUCGGCAGUGAUGAUAAUAUCGCAGAAUUCUUUGAUGUCAAAUUCUGCCCUUACCAGCCCCUAGACCAUGAACCUGUCUUUGCUGCUAUCAGCAAAAAGCAUGUUGUUAUAUGCCGACUCACAAAAGACACAGGCGAUGUCAAUCCUUGUCAUGUAAUCAAUGUCAUAAGAGACGAUGACGAUGAGGCUGCCAGUUGUUGUUGUACUUGGACUAUGGAUGCCGUAAAUGGCAGGCCGUAUAUCUGCAUUGGCGGCGUUGAUGCCAAGGUUAAGAUAUACGACGUAGUUGAUGGCCGGUUGGUUGAGUGCUUUGUUGGCCAUGGCGGGGACGUUAAUGAUUUAGCCACAUCCCCUGUCAACCCAUACAUCAUCGCUUCAGCUUCAGACGACACAAGUGUACGGAUAUGGAGCGUGGAAGAAAAACAUAGGAGCCAACCAUGUUUAUGCAUUCUCGCCGGAGAAGGUCACUCUUGGAAUCUGCUCAGUGUGGCUUUCCACGAAACUGGGCGCUAUCUUUUGUCAGGUGGUCACGACCAGAUUAUAAACCUGUGGACCAUUCCUGAUCUCCCCAAUGAACCUAUUGAUACGCCCCUGCAGGUUCAUUAUCCUCAUUUUUCAACUUCAGCAGUGCACAGCGGCAUUGUCGAUUGUGUCUCAUUUUAUGGAGAUCUCAUCCUAUCUAGAGCUUGUCACGAUAACGUGAUUGUCCUGUGGAAGAUCGAAGGAUUCUCCUCAGAUGAUCCUCUACCACCCCAGAGUACUGCUCCCACGCCACAAAAUGUGCUCCCAACGAAUUACGAAGAUCCUGGACGGCUUACGCGGUCUGCUUUCGUUCCCCUAACGUCCCCUCAAUGCCCAGUCCAAUAUACACGACUAUUGGCAUUCCACACCCCGAACUGCGGCCCUCAGUUUUUCAUGCGCUUCAAGCUCCAUCAUGUGCCCAACCAGAAUCCGGUGCUUGCAUUCUGUAAUGCAGCAGGCAACAUUUUUUUCUGGGAUUUGAAGCGACUGACUGCUCACCGCGAUAUCAUGUCGUCGCUCGCAAACCAUACGGACAAAAGCAAACCGAUACAGCUUCCUAGUUGGCAGAAGCCCGUUAUCCCGCGGGCAAAAGCAGAUCCACCAAAUUCUCAGGAGUUCAGCCCGGAGACAUUGGAAUCAUGGGCGACCAAGUAUAGCAUGGAUGAUACGCACGAGCCGCUACGACACCAUAAGAUGGAGUCAUCCUCGGCCAAUUUUGUGGGCAGACAGGCAUCUUGGAGUCCAGGAGGGGACUGGUGCGUCGUAGUUGGGAGCUCAAACACAGCUUUACUGCUGCAGCGCUGGGCUCAGAAAUGA